UUUUUAAUAUCAAAUAGGAAUGAGUAUCAAUCGGUCUGACGAAGAAAAGUCUACAAAACAACUUCCUGCACUGACCAACAAGACUCUUCAAGAACCUCUUCUUGUUGCAUCUAGGUCGGAUGAUGAAAGUGAUGAUCUUUUAAGUGCCAGUUACCCAACUUAUAAUGGCACUACAAAUGUAGCCCAUCAUCACACCACCGAAUCGAAAAAUUCAAGAAUUAUUUAUGUAAACGAUCACGUGGCCAAUGCUCACUUUAAGUACACAUUGAACGAUAUCAAAACUACAAAGUAUUCCUAUUUAAACUUUAUUCCCAAGAAUUUAUGGGAACAAUUUCAUAGAUUUGCCAAUUGUUACUUUUUGGUUGUGGCUGUAUUGCAGUUGAUCCCAACCCUUUCGCCAACUGGUCAAUUUACUACCUUUAUCCCUCUCUCUAUUGUUUUGAUUUUUACCAUGUUGAAGGACGCCUAUGAGGACAUUAGAAGACGUUACUCUGAUAAUAUUACAAACAAGAGACUGGCUCACGUACUGAGAAAUGGACAAUUUGUUGAUGUAUUUUGGAAGGAUGUUCAUACUGGUGAUAUUGUUCGUGUAAUGAAUAAGGAACCAUUCCCUUGUGAUUUGACAAUUCUUUCAUCAAGUGAACAUCAAGGAAUUUGUUAUAUUGAAACAUCAAGUCUUGACGGUGAAACCAAUUUGAAGAUAAGAAGAUCCAGACCUGAAACUAUGGAUUUAAUAUCUCCAAAUGUAUUGGAAAAUACUAAAAUGACUUUGGAAUGUGAAAAACCAAACAAUAGAUUAUACAAAUAUGAAGGUACUCUUAUUUUGCAGGACGGAAAGAAGCUUUCAUUGGACCCAGAACAAGUGUGUUUGAGAGGAUCAUCAUUGAGAAACACUGAUUUUAUAGUUGGUAUUGCUACUUUCACAGGUCAUGAUACUAAACUCAUGAUGAACACCAAAGAAACACCACACAAGACUAGUAGAAUUGAAAGACUUACCAACAAAUUAGUGUUACUCGUUCUUGCUUUGGAAAUUACUCUUAUUGUUGUUUGUGAUAUUUGUCUUAUGGUUUGGACAGCCAAUAAUAGUAAAAUGUGGUACUUGUUUAGAGGACUUGAAGUCAAUGCAGGACAAAUUGCUUGGGUUGGUUUCAAAGGUUUUUGGACUUUCCUUAUUUUGUUGAACAAUUUGAUCCCUAUCUCAUUGUACAUUUCUAUUGAAUCGGCAAAACUUGUACAAGGUAUUAUUAUGAGCAAGGAUUUGGAAAUGUAUCACGAAGACACCGAUACACCUGCAAACGUUAGAUCAUCUGCUUUGAAUGAAGAAUUAGGUCAAAUUAAUUUCAUUUUCUCUGACAAGACAGGUACCCUUACUGAAAACAAGAUGGACUUUAUGAAGUGUUCUGUUGGUGGUAUUUUGUACGGUAAACCUUUGGUUGAUGACAGACCAGCAAGUGCUAAAAACAAUCCUAACUUCCAAUUCUAUGAUGAAAGAAUGAACGACGCUACAUGGAAGAAUGAUCAAAAUAGAGCUAACGUUGAAGAUUUUUUGAGACUUCUUGCUGUUUGUCACACUGUUAUUCCUGAAAGAGGAAAGGGACAAGAAAUUGCUUAUCAAGCUUCAUCUCCUGAUGAAGCAGCAUUGGUUAAGGCUGCUAAAUACUUGGGAGUUGAAUUUAUUUCCAGAACACCAAAUGAAGUUACUAUUAGAUGCUUGGGCAGUGAUGAAACCUAUCAAGUUUUGGACAUUAUUGAAUUUUCCAGUGAUAGAAAGAGACAAUCAGUUAUUGUUAGAGAUCCACAAGGAAGAUUAGUUCUUUUGUGUAAGGGUGCUGACUCUGUUAUUUAUCCACUUCUUAUUCCAAACCAACAACAUUCUGAAAUUACAUUAAAUCACUUGGAACAAAUGGGUACUGAAGGUUUGCGUACUCUUUUGUGCACAAAGGCAUACCUCGAUGAAAGAGAAUAUGAAAUUUGGCACAGAGAAUAUGAGGAAGCUAAGACUUCUCUUGAGGACAGAACUAGAAAGGUUGAAACAGUGGCUGCCAAGAUUGAAAAGAAUAUGGAAUUGGUUGGUGCUACUGGUAUUGAGGACAAACUUCAAACUGGUGUUGCCGAUACUAUCUAUGAAUUGGGUAAUGCUGGUAUUAAGAUUUGGGUUCUCACUGGUGACAAACUUGAAACAGCUAUCAAUAUUGGUUUUGCUUGUGACUUGUUGAACUCUUCUAUGAGUAUUCUUGUUGUUGAAGGCCAUAACUAUUCAGACAUUAAGGAAUUUUUGGAAAAGUCUUUAAAUGCUGCUACCAGUGCUCGUGAAAGUGAAGACGUUCUUGGUUUGGUAGUUGAUGGUGAAAGACUUCAUGCAAUUUUGGAAGAUCACUUAUUGAGAGAAUUGUUCUUGCAACUUUCUAUCAAAUGUAAAUCAGUUAUUUGUUGCCGUGUCUCUCCAAAGCAAAAGGCCGACGUUGUUCUUUUGGUUAAACAAAAUGUUGACAGUGUCACUCUUGCUAUUGGUGAUGGUGCUAAUGAUGUGAGUAUGAUUCAAAGUGCCCACGUUGGUAUUGGUAUUUCUGGUGUUGAAGGUCUUCAAGCUGCAAAUUCUUCCGAUUAUUCUAUUGGUCAAUUCCGUUUCCUUAAAAGAUUGUUGUUAGUACACGGUCGUUGGAGCUAUAGAAGAGUUUCCAAACUUGUUCUCUAUUGCUUCUACAAGAACAGUAUUCUUUAUCUUACUCAAUUAUGGUUUGUCUUCUUCAAUGGUUUCUCAGGUACCAGUAUUCACGACAGAUGGACAAUUGGUCUUUAUAACCUUGUCUUCUCUUGUAUGCCUAUCCUUGUAUUGGCAGUUUUGGACAGAGAUGUACCUGCUACUGUUGCUGAGAAAUUCCCUGAACUUUACCAUCAAGGCCACAAAAAUGCUUUCUUCAAUUCUAAAGUUUUCAUUGGAUGGAUUGCCAACUCUAUCUUCCACUCACUUGUGUGUUUCUUUGUACCAUAUUUAUGCUUGGUUGGAGCCAAAUUCCCUGAUGGACAAGAUAUUGAUACUUACAGCAUUGGUAUUGUAGUUUAUUCUUCAACAUUGGUAGUUAUUACUCUCAAGAUUGCUUUGGAAACCUCUUCUUGGACAUGGAUGCACGUUGGUUGGUAUGCUGGAUCUGUUUUACUUUGGCCAAUUUUCAUUUUCGUUUAUGGAUCUUUGUACUAUGCUUUCCGUUAUCCAUAUCCAGUUUUAAAGGAAUUCUACGACAUUUUACAAGAAUAUCGUAUCUUCUUAACACCACACUUUUGGCUUGUAUUGAUGGUAACAGCUGCUCUUUGUUGUAUGCGUGAUGUUUUCUGGAAGUUCUGGGUUAGAAUUCAAUCAAGAAAUCUCUACUAUGAAAUCCAAAGCAAACACGACAAGAAAUCAAGAGAAGAAAUUAUGUUCAACUUCCCAUUCGAAGAAGGUUUGCCUGUCAAGAUCAAAAAGAGAACCAAGAGCCCUAUUGAAGUUAAUAACCUCAAGAAGUUCUUUACCAACGUAACUAAGGUUGGUGAAUAUCGUGGUUUCGCUUUCUCUCAAACAGAAAACCAACAAGACCUCAUUAAGGAAUAUUAUGGAGAGACUAAACAAUAAAUUUUGUGCUUUUACUGU